AUGACAGCAUCGACGAUGCCCCAGGCUAUCAAGAUUGCUCGGCCCCCAAAGGAUGCCGACGUCUAUCGGAAAGUUCAAUACAUCAUGUAUUCUGCCCACGAGAUCUUCCGUGAAGGGUACAACAGUAUUGUCAAGCUGCUCAGACAGGAUCUCCAGGACGAUCUGCUCAAGAACGACGCCGUCAACUUCAUGGACUACGUCCAUUCGUGGUUCUACGUCAUCGAUCACCACCAUCAUUCAGAGGAAAGAAUCCUUUUUGACGUCUUCAGAAAGAACGGCGUCUCUAUCGAUUUGGAGCUGUCGCAGCACAAGCAAAUCGACGAAGACCUCCAGAAAGUGCACAAAUAUGUUGAGGAGUGGACCUCGUCACCUGAAAAAUUCGACAGCGCCGAGCUCCUCGUUCACUUCGAAAAGCUGGGUCCCAACCUGUUUGAGCACCUCAACAACGAAGUUGUCACGCUUCUCGAUCCCGAGACAGUGGCGAAGGAAAUCGGGGCAGAGGACCUUCAGCAUCAUCAGGACGCCUUCUCAAGAGCUGCACAGAAAGAGAGCGAUCCGACGGUUACUUUUCCCUACGCCUUGACACACACGAGCCCAGAGCAAAAGGACUGGCAUGAGGCGCCCUGGUUCGUCGUCCGUAUCUUCGCUCCAAUCUGGUACAUCAAACACCGGGCCGCCUGGAAAUAUUCCCCGUACACACUAUCUUCUAGCAUUCCUCAACGCUGA